ACAAAAAAAAAAAAAAAAUGCGAAUUUGUUGUAACAUAUUUCGACGGAUUAUUUGAGCCAGCGUCGCUGUUGAAAACAUGGGAAAGCUAAAUGUGGUGGUGUUGAGAUACUUGUCUCGAGAUGACUUCCGGGUGCUCACAGCGGUUGAGAUGGGGAUGAAGAACCAUGAGAUUGUUCCAGUGAGUCUCCUCUCUUCCAUUGCCAGCCUCAAACACGGCGGCUGCAACAAGAUCCUCCGAGAGCUCGUCAAACAUAAGCUUGUGGCCUACGAACGCACCAAGACUGUGCAAGGCUACAGGUUGAACUUCGGAGGAUAUGACUACCUGGCGCUCAAGACCUUGUCUGCCAGAGAUGUGAUUGCUUCAGUUGGAAACCAAAUGGGAGUAGGGAAAGAGUCAGAUAUUUAUAUUGUAGCAAGUCCAGAUGGGGAACAGUACGCUCUGAAGCUUCACAGAUUGGGUCGCACUUCCUUCAGGAACCUAAAGAAUAAGAGAGAUUACCACAAGCACAGGAAGAACAUGUCUUGGCUCUACCUCUCUCGCCUCUCUGCCAUGAAGGAGUUUGCCUACAUGAAGGCACUCUAUGACCGAGGCUUCCCUGUCCCCAAGCCUGUGGACUACAACAGACACGCAGUAGUAAUGGAGCUCAUCAAUGGAUAUCCACUGUAUCAGGUGCACGAGCUCCAAGAUACACCCGCCCUGUACAGCGAGUUCAUGGAGCUCAUCGUUAAACUGGCCAACCACGGCCUGAUUCACGGAGACUUUAACGAGUUCAAUCUGAUGCUAAACGACCAGGACCACAUUACGAUGAUCGACUUCCCUCAGAUGGUAUCCACCUCGCACCCAAAUGCUGAAUGGUAUUUCGAUCGAGAUGUCAAAUGCAUAAGAGAUUUCUUUGCAAAACGAUAUAGUUAUGAGAGCGAGCUGUUCCCAACCUUCAAAGAUAUCAGACGCUCAAGUUCUCUCGAUGUCGAGGUCUCAGCGAGCGGUUUCACCAAAGAUCUGGAGGAAGAUGCUGCAGUGCUCCACCCAGCUGGACCUGAGGGAGAGCAAGACGACGAGGAAGAGGACAGCGGCAAAGAGGAGACUGGCGAGGAAGUUGAAACAGAAGAGCAAAGUGUGGAUGUGACUGCCUACAAGAAUGCAAUUAUGGAACUCGAGGGCCUGCAGGUCAGCGACACAAAUGGUGACAGGGAUGACGAGGAACAGGGUGAAAGAGGGGAGGAAGAGGAGGAGACAAAUGGUGAUGCUAGAAGCCUUGACAAGACAGUGAAUGACUUGGAGGAGGAGUUGGCAGAUGAUUUCCCCGAACUGUCAGACCUUUCUGAAUCUAACAAAGAGUUCAAACCUUUCAGAGACUCAGAGAGCCUUCUACAGAUGGCAGAGCACAGGAGGAGGAGGACAGACAGUGAGGUUACGAUGGGCAGCACAGGAAGCUGCUCAACCAUCCCACCAGAUGUGGUCCGUCAGAAAGUGCGGAGACAGCUCACCAAACAACAGAAGUCUGCGCAAAGGAGACGUCUGCAGAAGGGUGAAGCCAACUUGGUGACCAAAUCUAGACGAGAGAAUGAAUACAACGUCAGGUCUAGUUUGGAGAGCGCCACCUUCUGGGGAUGAAUGCCCGUCUGGUACUCAGAGAGGGUAAACACGAUCACACCUGUUAGACAAACUGUUUUGGACCACUGACAUCCCAUUAUGUCUAGUUGGUCAACUAUCAGCGUACAAGUCAAUGUAAACAUGGACUACUUUAUUGAGGCUGUGUCAAUAAAAAAAUAUC